UUCGUCGCCGAGAGGGAGCAACUCAUCGUCGCUACCCAUCUGAAGUCGACCCCUUUCCUCCACCACCUCCUUGCCUCGUCCCGCUCGGCGUCUCCUCCGCCUUCGUCCUUGCCGCUUCCACCGCCUGCUCCACUAGCGUCCCUCCGAUGACCUCCUCUCCGGCGAUCCCUACUUCUCCAUCCUUUCCCACCUCAAAGAUCACGCCCUUUCCCUCAAAUGCACGCACCAAAAGCCCUCCUCCCCCUUUCCGCUGGACGUCCGGCAACCACUGGAUCUCCCGCGUCUCGCCGGCUAGAUCGGCUCUGAGAUCCUGUCCUAGAUCGACAGGGAGAGUGUGGAUCGGCUGAUCCCCGCCGCCGACUAGGAGGAUCGACUCCGCAGCCUCGCGUUCCGGUCGUACCGGUUGAUCCGGGUAAUCGGGUCCAGAUCUCGAGCCGGGUCGGUUACGGGUCGAGUUGUGUCAAACCCGACCCAUUGAGAGAGAGAUUGCCUGUCGGUUCGGGAAAGUUCGUCACCAAGAAAUUCCGUUCUAUACCUGCCUCGCUUGCGAGGCCCCUGUAGGAGAUUAGAUUUCGGCAGGGCUGCGACCACCACCGGUUCCUGGGACAGCAUGCUUCUAAACAAAUGUGUGGCUUCUGGGAGCCCAGCCAUAAAAUUAGGGCCUCGCCAUACUAAGCAUAAUCCUUCUUUGGCAUAUGUCCCGCCUGUUCGUGCUUCUGCAGCAUGUCCAAAAUUCAGAAGUCUAUCUACAUCUUAUCAAGAAAGAAAACCCUUGUCAUUAAGAGGAGGCCCCAUUCUACACCUUUCUGGGGCAUCAGCUUCGUUUCUAAGAGGAGACCAUGGUUCUGUUGCACAAAUAAUGCCUUUGUUGAACAGGCACAGCAAGGUGUGGCCUAGAAGCUCGGUGGUCUGUAAAGCAUCCAAGAGUUUCUUUAGCUAUCCACAAAUGACCAGUAAGCCCAAGUGGUGGUGGAGGACCUUAGCUUGUAUUCCGUAUCUCCUGCCUCUCCACUACGUAUGGUUUUAUGCUGAUACAGUGUACCAACUCCACCACAUCCUUGAAGACUUUGAGUUCCUAACAAGCCCUUUCCUUGAUACCAUAGCGCUGUUGCCCAACUGGUUCAUGAUGGUGGUUCUGUAUGUAGCUUACCUUGGGGUGGUGAAGAGGAAGGAGUGGCCACACUUCUUGCGGUUUCAUGUCACAAUGGCAUUGCUCCUAGACACAGCCCUUCAGGCCAUGGCUAUUGCAUGUGGUUGGAUGCCGAAUGCUGUAUACCGUGGUAUGCUUGGGACGUAUUUCUGGGCUACAGUUGCAUAUGUACAGAUGUAUACGGUGCUUGAAUGUAUGAGGUGCGCGCUUGCAGGCAAGUAUGCGGACGUCCCGUUUGUGUCCGAUGCGGCAUAUUUUCAUACGGAUUUGCUUUUGUUUGGAUUAUAGCAUGUUUUUUUUUUUAAUUAUUUCUUGUCUCGAGACAGUAAUAGUUGAAGAUAUCCUAUUUGUGUCCUGCAGACAUGUUUCCAUUUGGAUUAUAGCCUUCCUUCUUGUCUCUAGAUAGUGAUACUUGAUUAAUGUCAUGGGAAGUAUUUAAGGAACAAAAAAUUCUAAUGAUGCAGUGAGAGUUGAGUAUGAGGUCCAAUUUGGGUUGAAUGAGCUUUACAAGGACAAGCCUUAUCGGGCUAAAAAUAUUGAUUGGAACAAUCGUAGAAGUGCUUAUUUUGUUUACUCAUAUAUUGAGGGACUUGAUGUGCUUA